AUGGAUAGGAAACUCAAAAAUGCUGACGAAAUUGUAGAGGAAGGUGAAAUAUUAUCUUAAACCUCAGAUAAUAAUAAGAAUUUAAGUAAGAGAGACAAAUCUCUUGAUAAAUCUCAUAAAAAGCAUAAUAGAAGAGACUCUUCUAAUUCUAGGUCCUCAUCUAAGCAAAGACACAAGCAUUAGAAAUCGAGAAGAGAUUACUCAGAUGAAGAAAAGGCUAGGAGAAAACUCAAGAAGGAUAGUAAAAGAGGGAAAAGUAGAUCGCAUUCAAAAAGAAAUAAAGACAAGAAGAGCAAAAAGGAUCACAAAGAUAGGAGAGAUGAGGAUUAUGAUAAGAGAGAUAUAAAGAGAGAAAGAAGGUCUCAUAGAUCAAGAUCAAGGUCACAUACCAAGAAUAAAAGAUCUAGAUCAAAAGAAAGAAGAAGUUAGCAUUCUAAAGAUCGUAAGGAUGAUAAACUUUAAAAAUUCAAUAAAGGGUGCGCCUUUAAUAACAUUCACAAUCUUAUUAAUUAUUCAAGUAGGACUGAGAAUACUGACAAGAAUAAUGGUAACUAUUCAUAUAAAACUGAUUCAAAGCCUAAAACCAAUGAAAAACAAAGCAAGAUAGGAGACCAUUAGUUUGUUGAAUCAGAUGAGGAUGAUGAUUUCAUGAUGGAUGAGGAAGAGAUACUGAGAAAAGAAAUGGAAGAAAGAUAACAAAGGUUUGAAGAAUUGAAGUAAAAGCAUGAAAAUGCUUUAAAGCAAAAUCCGAAUGAAAUGGAAGCAGAAGUGAAAUCAAGUAUUGAAGGGAUUAAAGUAUCAGUGAUAGAUUAGUAAGUAGUCACAGAAAACAUAUAACAAGAAGAUAGUAAAUUUGAUUAAAUAAACCAAGAUUAGAUUGAGAGCUAAGUAAAAGAUUUAGACAAUACUAACUAGGAGAUAUUGAUUGAAGAGGUCAAGCAAAUUCAUCCAACUAAUGUAUUUUAAUUUGUUUUACAGAAUAAUUAGUUGAAAUAAAUUGAUCAGAAGUAGUUUAAUGAGUUUUACAGAAUGCUUGAUCACUAGAGAAAAGAUUGGUACGAACAUUAAGUUGAGGAUUAAGAACCCUCAAAUCCUAUUUCUUAACAAGAUAACUAAGAUUAAAAAUAAGCAAAAAAGAAGCUGAAUAUGUUUGACGAGUCAUCAGAUGAAGAUGAGCAUCUUCAGGAAGUAAUUAAAGAGUAAACUUUUAUUUUGUCAUAAUAAUUUAGGGGAUUCAAAGUAACCACUGGAUAAGUAGAUACAGAGGGCUAUUAUAUUCCAAAAGUAGGAGAGAUUAUUAGAAAUAGAUAUAAAGUUACAGGUAUUGCAGGUAAAGGUGUCUUUUCUAGAGUGGUAAAAGCAGUAGAUAUGUAACCCUAAAGAAAGGAGCAUGAAAUGGUUGCUAUAAAGAUAAUCAGGAUGUUUGAUAUCAUGAGAUAAUCAGGAGAAAAGGAGAGAGAAAUAGUGGCGAUUCUAAAUAAGGCAGAUCCACAUGAUAAAAAGCAUAUUAUACGAUUACUUGAAACUUUUGAGUAUAAUAACCAUCUAUGUCUAGUUUAUGAGUGCAUGGAAUUGAACCUUAGAGAGACUAUGCAUAAAUAUGGGAGAAAUGUUGGACUCAGUUUGGAUGGAGUUUGCUUAUUUGGUAGACAAUUAUUCUUAGCAUUAGACCUAUUGCAUAAGUAGAAACUGAUUCAUGCCGACUUAAAACCUGAUAACAUUAUGGUGGAUAAAGAUGCAAAGAAAAUAAAGCUUUGUGAUUUUGGAAGUUGCAUUUCUAAUGAUGAAGCAGCUAUCACUGAAUAUAUGGUGAGUAGAUUCUAUAGAGCUCCUGAAAUUAUGCUGGGAUGUGAAUUCGAUUAAGCUAUAGAUAUAUGGAGUGCUGGAGUGACACUAUAUGAGCUCUAUACUGGCAAAGUAAUGUUUUAUGGUAGAUCAAAUAAUGAAAUGCUGAAGUUAAUAAUGGCAUCAAAGGGAAAGAUAAAGACUAAGUUGUUGAAAAAGGGAUCAUUUGUUGAAAGACAUUUUAGCCUUUAAAACUUGAAUGUUUUUCUUUCAUAAGAAGAAGAUCCCAUUAAUAAAGGGCAAUUUUAUGUUAAGCCGGUUCCAAUGCCAAAUUAGCCAUCAAAGCCAAUCAUUUAAAUGUUGAAGAAUUCACAUAAAUUGACAGGGGGAAAUGAAGAGUAGGCAAAUAUGUUGCAUUUAGCAGACUUUUUAGAGAAGGCUCUUGUAAUUGAUCCUAAGAAAAGAAUGACUGCUGAAGAGGCACUCAUCCAUCCUUUCUUAAAUAUCCUUUAAGAAAGAAUGAAGUAAUCUCAAAAUCCUGAUAGAAAUAGAUACUGA